AUGAAAAACAGCAGCAGCAACGAGAACAAUCAUGAAAACUGGGAUAUGACUCCAAGGAAGAUUGAAUCCUGGAAUCAGACGUACCGAGCAGCUCGUCGAGAUCUUGUUGCAGCUUUUGGUUUCGAAGUGACACGACGUCUUGAGAGACUUCUUUCGGUCGAACGACGUGAUGACACCGAACGACUGCUUCUUCUCGAAGAACGAGCACGACGGAGACGACGACUCGGUUCUCUGGCAGUGGAGACAGAACGAGAGCGAGAACGGGAGCUGUGGGCACGGACCGAUUUACUGAAACGGUUUAGAUUUGUAAAUUUGUUGAGCCUUUCUAGUAUUACCUUCCCAUCUUGCGACCACUUCCUUUUACGGACCGAGUUAAACGCUUUGAACUCGACCGACGACGUGAUGACGAACGAGAGACUGACGAACGGCUUCGGCGACCACGGUAGCUGGACGCAGAUCUUGCACUACGGCUGCGGCUACGACGGGAAGAGCCGGAAGAAUCACGAGAGACCGAACGAACUGAACGACGGCUUGUAUGACCUCCAGUGGCCUUCUUUCUUGGAGUGA